AUGACAAACAGGAAAACUAACCUCUCCUCAAUUACUAAGAAUUUAUUCAAUAAUGAUUAUGAUUAAGAUACUUUAUUCUCCUCUCCAUUGAAAUCACCUGAUAAAUCUAAGUCUAAAGUUUCCUCCAAUCAGUCACCAAUCAAAUUAGACAGUAUUGACAACUUAAUUGAAAGCUAAAAUACUUUAAGAACUCAUAUACCGUCAGAAUUUAAUCUUAGAAAAAUGUUAUCCAAAAUGGAUAAUGUUGAUACUAUCCAUCAAACACAAUAACAAUAUAAAACCUGUAGAUUCAGAAGAAAAGAAAAUUUUUAAUCUUAACCUUCCUUGAAAAUAGAAGUGAAGAACGAUGUUGAAGAUUUCUUUAAUAACAAUACUCCAAUUAAUACUUAAUUAAAAUAACAUAAAGAGAGUAAGUAAUAUUAAUUAAUUACAUUCACUGAUUAUGUUGAAAACAUUUAUGGUAAAGAUUGGUUUACAAUACCAUAACGAAGAUUUAGAAGAUAAACUACAAUCUAAGAAUUCUUUGAUAUCAUCGAAUGA